AUGGUCUUUUUUAACGAUAAAUUAUUGGGGCCAAUGUACCAGAAAAGUCAGACGUCAUUUUCUCAGAAAUUCGCUCAGAAUAUUUUGGAAUUAAACAUUGAAGGCCAGUGCUCAACAGCAACAGAAUUCAAUAACACCACAUCACUGGAAGAUUUUCAUCUCCUAACCCCAACAACCCUGGCCUACUUUGAUAAUAUGAACAAUGAUGACAAAGAUGACAGCACCAAAAACUCUGCACUAACUACUAAACAUGAAUCAUCAUCCUCACUGCCUGCCGGAGAGUUCAGUGGAAGCUACAAGCAAGAUUUCAUCGAAGGGGCAUAUGCAAGCGACGAUGACAGUGAUGGAUCCACAAGUGAUGGCUACUCUGAUUCCAGGGUUGAGUUAACAGCAGAAGAGAUGCAGAGAAGAACUCGAAGGAGAGAGAGGAACAAGCAGGCGGCUGCCAGGUGCAGGCAGAGGAGAGUCGACCAGACAAACGAACUAAUCAAUGAGACAAAAUCACUUGAGCAAGAAGGCAGUAAACUGGAGAAAGAGAUUGAAAACUUGGAGAGGUUGAAGCAAAAGUUAGAAGUAGUCCUACAGAGUCAUAUCCCAUUAUGCACUGCAAAAUUAAAGCAACAGCUUGAUGGUAAUAAAUCCAAAUCAACUUCAGCUGCUACUUCAGCUACUACAGUGGCUGCUCUUUCGGUUACCAGCUUCACCAACGUUAUCAUCCCUAGCACGUCACUUCUCUUGACACAGCCUAAACCAACGGCUCCUCUCUGUAUAGUAAACCCACUAUUGCAACAACAACAACAGCAGCAGCAGCAACAACAACAUCAACAACAACAACAUUUCCAACAACCGAAAGUCAUUAUAAUAGCCACAAACAACAGCAGCAGCAGCAACAACAGCAUUAUUGCAACUAGCAGGCCACAGACACUGCCAGUCAUAUCGACAGUGGCGACAUCUACUACAGUGAAUACGCAGCAGCAGCAACAAAAACAGCAGCAGCAGAACAUUUUCAAUUUCGACACUUUGAGGACGCCUGUAACGUCAUCAUCUGUGGAUUUCCUAACUACCCCCGACACUAAUUUUUCGGCGUUUGAUUAUCUUACUCCUACUACGGUUGAACAAAAUGUUGUCCUCUCGCCAUCAAACUUACUCAGUCAGCCAUAG